GCAUGCCCGCCCCCUGAGGGAGCCCGAGUAAAAACCAACGAAGAAGACAAAGUCUGCGAAGUUCUACUGAAGAAAUGGCUUUAAGAGCUGCGUUAAGAGGUCGUCUCUCCCAGCUGUCGUCCUGCACCGGUCAUGGCAGAGUGUGUGUCCCCCCCACCCUGCUCACCCAGCAGAGGAACAGCUCCACCUCGCCCAAGAUCAAGGUGGACUUGGACCAGAGCACAGGUGUGGCGGUGAUGCGGAUGCAGAGUCCUCCGGUCAACAGCCUCAGCCUGGACUUCCUCACGGAGCUGUGCAUCAGUCUGGAGAAGCUGGAGAUGGAUAAGGGAUGCCGGGGCCUCAUCAUCACCUCGAGCCAGCCCAAGGUGUUCUCAGCCGGACUGGACAUCAUGGAGAUGUACGGCAAGAGCCCGGAGCGUUGUGGGGAGUUCUGGAAAGCCGUGCAGGAGAUGUGGCUGAAGCUGUACAGCUCCAACAUGGUCACGAUAGCUGCAAUCAACGGCUCCAGUCCUGCAGGCGGCUGCUUGGUGUCGUUGACGUGCGACUACAGGAUCAUGGCCGACAACCCUCGCUUCAGCAUCGGCCUGAACGAGACGCAGCUCGGCAUAGUUGCACCUUUUUGGUUUAAAGACACCCUGGCCAACACGGUGGGGCACCGCCACACGGAGAUGGCGCUGGAGCUGGGGCUGCUCUACAACCCUGCAGAAGCCCUGAAGAUCGGCAUGGUGGACCAGCUGGUUCCUGAAGACCAGGUCCUCUCCACGGCUACGGAGACCAUGACCAAGUGGCUGACCAUUCCAGAACACGCCAGACAGAUCACCAAGUCCAUGAUGAGGAAGCCGACCAUAGACAAGCUGACGUCCAACAGAGACGCCGACAUCCACAACUUCGUCAGCUUCAUCACCAAAGACUCCAUCCAGAAGUCGCUGCGCAUGUACCUGGAGAUGCUGAAGAAGAGGAGAGGCUAGAGCGGAACAUCAGUAUCACCGUCUUGAACUGAACGUGCUGAGAUCUGUGACGCAGCCCUCGGCAGCUCGUCCCCGGGAGUCCAGAUAUCACGUGACGGGGAUCUGUGUCACGCAGCCAUCACGUGUUUUAGGGGAAGAGUGUGCAGCCCUUUUUCCUGAGUGCCUUCUCCUACCGUACUGUCACAGCCUAAUGUAACCUGUUUGAAACUGAGAAUAAAAACUAAUGUAACCUGUUUGAAACUGAGAAUAAAAACUAAUGUAACCUGUAACCGUCACAGCCACAAAGCCUCCGUGACGGUUUCAGGAGGUUUGUCUUCACGCAGCUUUUUAAGCCCUUUUUUUGUGAAAUGUCCAGAAUAAAGUGUUGGUUUAACGAG